AUGAAAAUCGGCAGCGGGUUCCUGAGCGGCGGCGGCGGCGGCGGCGGCGGCGGGACCGGCGGCAGUAGCGGCUCCGGCGGCUCCAGCGGCUCCAGCGGCGGCGGCAGGAGGGGCGCGCGCGAGAUGGAGCCCAGCUUCCCGCAGGGUCUGGUCAUGUUCAACCACCGGCUGCCCCCGGUCACCAGCUUCACCCGGCCGGCGGGCGCGGCCGCCCCUCCCCCGCAGUGCGUGCUCCCCAACGCGACCCCCGCAGCCCCGGCCAGCCGCCCCCCCCCGCCGCCGUCGCAGCAGCCCCCGGUGGUGGUGGCCCCGGACAUGACUUUCAAGAAGGAGCCGGCGGCGUCCUUCCCGUCCUCGCAGCAGCAGCAGCAGCAGCAGCAGCAGCAGCAGCCGCCGCCGCCGCCGCCGCCGCAGAGGACCUCCUGGGGAUUCUUGCAGUCUUUGGUGAGCAUCAAGCAGGAGAAGCCCGCAGAGCCCGACGAGCAGCAGCACCACCACCACCAUCAUCACCACCACCACCACCACCACCACUUUGCGGGGCUCUUCGCCGCCGGCGCCGACGAGCAGCAGCGGUCGCCGGGCCUCGGUGGUGGCGGAGACGGGGCCGGCCACGGCGUCAUCCAGGACCUCAGUAUUCUGCACCAGCAUGGCCAGCAGCAGCAGCAGCAGCAAGCGGCCCAGCAGCAGCAGCAGCACCACCACCACCGCGACGUGCUACUCAGCAGCAGGACUGACGACCCCCACGGCAACCACGAGGAGCCAAAGCAGGAUGCCAAUGUCAAAAAGGCAAAGAGGCCAAAGCCAGAAUCUCAGGGAAUCAAAGCCAAGAGGAAGCCAAGUGCAUCUUCCAAACCAUCGCUGGCGGGAGAAGGGGAAGGUGCCAUCCUGUCCCCCAGCCAGAAACCUCAUAUCUGCGAUCACUGUAGCGCUGCUUUCCGCAGCUCCUAUCACCUGCGGCGCCACGUCCUCAUCCACACCGGCGAGAGGCCCUUCCAGUGCAGCCAGUGCAGCAUGGGGUUCAUCCAGAAAUACCUCCUGCAGCGGCACGAGAAGAUCCACAGCCGGGAGAAGCCCUUCGGCUGUGACCAGUGCAGCAUGAAGUUCAUCCAGAAGUACCACAUGGAGCGACACAAGAGGACGCACAGUGGAGAAAAGCCAUAUAAAUGUGACACUUGCCAACAGUAUUUCUCACGGACCGAUCGGCUGUUGAAGCACAGGCGCACGUGUGGGGAAGCCAUAGCCAAGGGAGCCGCCAGCGCAGACCCCGCGUCGGCCUCCGCCUCGGCUGCGGUGGGGACGGCGAACCACAACAGUAUGGGCAAUCUGGCUGCGUUGUCUCAGGGAAAUACAAGUUCCUCGCGGAGGAAAGCGAAGUCGAAAAGCGGCAUUGCUGUGGAGAACAAGGAGCAGAAGCCCGGGAAAGCCGGCGAGUCAUCCCUUUCCAACAGCAUGAGCCUGCAGAGUUAUUCGGUGGAGAUGCCGUCCGCCUCUUCCGGCGGGGGCAUCCUGGGCCCCGGCAUGGAGGAACUACAGAAAAGGGUGCCCAAACUCAUCUUCAAGAAGGGAAGCAGGAAGAGCAAUGAGAAAAACUACCUUAACUUUGUGUCGCCACUGCCAGACCUGAUUGGGCAGAAGCCCUUGUCUGGGAAACCCAGUGGCUCCCUUGGCCUGGUGACCAAUAACAGCGUGGAGACCAUUAGUCUCCUCCAAAGUGCAGGUGGCAAACAAGGUCAGAUAAGUAGCAAUUAUGACGAUGCCAUGCAGUUUUCCAAGAAGAGAAGAUACUUACCAACUGCCAGCAGCAACAGUGCCUUUUCCAUAAACGUGGGCCACAUGGUCUCGCAGCAGUCUGUCAUCCAGUCUGCCGGUGUCAGUGUUCUAGACAAUGAGGCCCCCUUGUCACUCAUUGACUCCUCAGCUCUCAAUGCUGAAAUUAAGUCUUGUCACGACAAGUCUGGAAUUCCUGAUGAGGUUUUACAAAGUAUUUUGGAUCAAUACUCCAACAAAUCAGAAAGCCAGAAAGAGGAUCCUUUCAGUAUUGCGGAGCCCCGAGUGGAUUUACACACCUCAGGAGAACACUCAGAGUUGGUCCAAGAAGGAAGUUUGAGCCCGGGCACCCAAACGCCUGUGAAUGAUAAGGCAGCCGUGUUACAAGAAUACUCCAAAUACCUCCAGCAGGCUUUUGAAAAAUCCUCUAAUACAAGUUUUACUCUUGGACACGGUUUCCAGUUUGUCAGUUUGUCUUCACCUCUCCACAACCACACUUUAUUUCCAGAAAAACAGAUAUACACUACAUCUCCUUUGGAGUGUGGUUUCGGCCAAUCUGUUACCUCAGUGUUGCCAUCUUCAUUGCCAAAGCCUCCGUUUGGAAUGUUGUUUGGAUCUCAACCAGGUCUUUAUUUAUCUGCUUUGGAUGCUACACAUCAGCAGUUGACACCUUCCCAAGAGCUGGACGACCUGAUAGAUUCUCAGAAAACUUUAGAGACUUCAUCUGCCUUCCAGUCGUCAUCUCAGAAAUUGUCUAGCCAGAAGGAACAACAGAAAAACUUGGAGUCUUCGACAAGCUUUCAGAUUCCAUCUCAGGAGUUAGCUAGCCAGAUAGAUCCUCAGAAAGACCUAGAGCCUAGAACAACAUACCAGAUUGAGAACUUUGCACAAGCGUUUGGUUCUCAGUUUAAGUCGGGCAGCAGGGUGCCAAUGACCUUUGUCACUAACUCUAAUGGAGAAGUGGACCAUAGAGUAAGGACUUCAGUGUCCGAUUUCUCAGGGUAUACAAAUAUGAUGUCUGAUGUAAGUGAGCCAUGUAGUACAAGAGUAAAGACACCCACCAGCCAAAGUUACAGGUAAGGUCCCCAAAGUGGCCCGGCUGGAGGUUCUUCUAAUGUAAUUUUGUUUUGUUUUGAGAACACUGCCAUUGGAAUGUUUCUACACGAUCCUAUUAAGAAUAAUGUAAUGCCCUUUCAAUGCAACUUUUCAUAUUUAGUUUAUUUUGUUAGCGUGAUUUUAGCUCUGUUUGUAUUAUGAUUUUUAAUCAAAAUCAAUAGAUUAAAAAUAGUUUGACCUUCAAAGUGACAAUGUUUAGCAAUCAAAUUUACAUGUGUAGAUCGUCAGGGAAUAGCCCAAAAGUUUUAAAUGCAAAAAAGAAAAAAACCCUCUAUAAAAAACAAAAAAACAAAACGCAAAAAAAAAAAAAACAAACACCCAAUUUUGUUCUAGGAUUAAGGUUUAUUCUAAUUGCUUUAUUCUCAGGAAAGUGUAAUAACGCAUGGAAAUUCUGUACGUUAUCACUGUAAUGGAAUAUCCAAUUUACAGCUAGUAUGAUAAAACAUUUUAUCAUUUAAGUAAGGGAUCGAAAAAACAUUUCAAAUUGCUCUUUCUAAGGGUUGAUGUGGUAUAUACAUUUCAUCAUUUAUGUAAGGGAUCGAAAACAUUUCAAAUUACUGUCUCCAUCUGGGCUGAUCCAAAUUUCUGAGAUGUUGGCUACCUAUAUAUAUUUUUUGUUGUUGUUGUUGCAGCUUUUAAAAACUUACUCUGAACGUCCAAACCACAUUCAUUCCAGCCUGGUAGAACAAAUCUUAUUGGAUCUUUGAUCAAAGCCUGGAAUGAUAGCUUUAAUAAAAGAAGGAAAAUAAUAAUAAUAAUAAUAAAAGCACCCUCUCCUUUUCCUAGCCAUAACAAGGCUGUAGUUCAUUAAGAGCCUCCUGACAACUGGCAUGGGUUUGAAGCCCAAGAAGUUGGUUAGUGGUUGGUUCCAGUAUUAGAACCAAGUUGGAAUUAAACUCUUUGUAAUUGGGGUAUGCAUUAUUUAUUAUACAUGGCUUAACCACAUCAUUCUCUUGUCUAUGCUGGUACAUAUUACCCACACACACUUUGGUUUUUAUGUUUUUUGUCAGUCUCAGAGUUCUGGGCUUUUCCUUCUUCCCUGCUCUCUCAAUCUUGACAGUUUUAGUUUUAGGAUGACUCACAUUUCAGUUGGUAAUGUAUCAUGCAUUUUAUAUGCAUCUUCUAUGCCUAAUGGCAUCCAAAUAAUAGGAUAACUCCUGCUACCCCCACCACCAUUUAAAAAAAAAACCAACAGUACCCCGGUGUAGAUUUCCAUGUAUAAUGAAACCUCACAUACUCAGCGAUAGAUACUAAUAAAGUGGUAAUUCCAACUGGUGAAAGGACUAGCAUGAGGGAUGAGUGUGUUUGCAUUUAGUAAUGAUACCAGAACCUCUUUGUGAAAUUGCAGCCUUUGAUGUACAUUUCUGAAAGGGUGCAUUAGUCAGUAUUGUACAGGGGUCCUGUAACGUCAUCCAAACUUGCUCUGAAUGCUAAUUGCCAUUUGAAGCUACUGAUAAGGUAGUAGCUCUGCUCUAAACCACUUUUUAGCAAUUGUAUUUUUUCUUGAUUAUAUUUUUUAAUGUACUUUGAUGUUUAUGCUGAUGAGUUUUUUAUGUACUUUUCAGUGAUGUUUCAGUCUUAUGUACUCUUCUGGCGUCAGAAAAGUACCACUGGUUGUUUGCAGUCUUAUUGUGUAAUCAGCCUACCACAGGCUUCCAUGUAUAAUAAAGUAAUUAAUAUUGUGCAAGUGUAAAACACUUCUGUUAUGAAAGCAGUGUUUGGAAAAUAAGAAAUUAUAAAAAAAAAAUGGUUACAAAAUACUAGUUAAUUUCCUUUCCCACUUUGCUCCCAUAUGCCUGCUUUAUUUACCAGGCUAAAGGGUCACUUUUUUGUCAUUGCAAGAUUCUUAGAAAAUGUGUUUGAAUCUCUGAAAUACACUCACUACUAAAAGUCUGUAUUAUUUUGGUAAAGUGCAGUAAGUUCUAUGGGUACAGAAUACAUGCUGUAAUCUCCAAGGAUGGAGAGGACCUUUACCACUGUAUCUUAAGCUGUAUGAUUUUUCUCCAGUGUUUUGUUUUAUACAGGCUUUGAAUUUCUUUAACUUUUAUUGUGUGUACUGAAUACUGCAUAUGUAUUAUUCUGAUUGUUUCCUCUAGUUUACUACCAAUAAAAGAUGUUAAUCACAAAA